ACACGGCGGCUUGUUGCUGUUUCGCUAGCUAGCUAGAAGCUAACUCGUUGCAAUGAGUCCUCUGUGCGACUGCUGCGGCGAGCGCAUCAACAGACUGGAUCAGCAGAUUUCUGUGAUGAGAAAGGAAAUCAAGAAUCUGAGGCAGAUGUUGGACAGCGCGACGAGAGGUCACCGCAAACACAUGAUAUCCAUUCAGUCUGCUGUGUCAAAGAUAGGACUCCGUGAUCCCGAGAAAGACCAAACACCCGCAGCACCAACACCACCACCACCACAGGCGGCAUUAGAGCGAGGAAGCAUCCAGACAGUCCCCAUUGGUUACGUCACUUCCUGUUUCUCUGUGAAGAACGGGACACCCAGACAGCCCACCAUUUGUGUCGCCUCAAGAGCCGAACUGCGCAUCCAUCAGAGUGUCUUUAAUAACCCCGAUCACGCUCUGGUGGGUCUGGAGCAAUACUCCCAUGUCUGGAUCAUCUUUCUUUUUCACAAAAAUGGGCACUUAAAUUACAAAGCCAAAGUGAAGCCUCCUAGACUCAACGGUCAGAGAGUUGGUUUGUACUCAACCCGCAGUCCCCACCGACCAAAUGCAUUGGGCUUAACUCUAGCUCGACUCGAUAAGAUAGUAGGUGAUACAAUACAUCUUUCAAAUAUUGACAUCAUUGCUGGAACCCCAGUCUUGGACAUUAAACCUUACAUCCCAGAGUACGACAACCCCCUCUCCCGGAUGAGCUCAGAUGAGACAACAGAUUCAUUAAACCCCCCAAAUUACUCUGAUGAUCAGUCAGCCCUGAAAGAGGAACAAAGUGAUCACAACGAUGACUUUAGUAGCUUCCUCUCAAAAGACAAAUCUGAAGCAAAUGUUUCAUUCACAGCUUCGCCCGAGUCAUCCAGUGCUCAGUUUUUGCCCCACAAAGCGCUACACGAUGUGCUGGAAGAAGUCAAGGGCUAUGUGACCCAAAGGGACCUUUGCCAGCUAAGUUGUGCAAAAGAGGAUCAGGUUUCAGACUCUUACAAAACCCAAACACCAGAUGGGACUGUGGACCAGCCCUGCUUUGGAGAGGAGGUCUGCAGCGCUAUUGCCGGCUGGAUCAGAGAGCCUCCUGUUAGUAGUUUGGAGGUGCGCUUCACUCCUCAGGCUGGGAGGGAGUUAGCAGACUUCCUUCCUGCACACCUGUCAGGGCCCUCUGAAAGUCACAGACCCAGGUUCAAGUUUCUUCGCAGUCCAGAGGAAGCUGUGGCUGCUAUAAGAGGGGUGCUGUCGGCAGACCCCCGGUCAGUCUAUAGGAGGACACGCUGCAGAGACAGACUGUUCUUCUUUACCCUGGACACGGCUGACAUCACAUGCUGGUUUGGACAAGGCUUUGCUGAGGUACUGCGGGUCCGACCUGUUGGGCAAUGCAUUGCUUCAAUGUGAGAACUCAGAAGUGAAACGACUCUGUUUUCAUGUUUGUGGAAGAACAGUAACAGAUUCUGUCUUCAAUCAACCUUUUUAGGUAAUUUCUGUAUUGACAACUGUUGAAGUGGUACAAUUAUUUAGAGAGUCUUAAAGUAGACGCACGAAAGUCAAGGUACAAUACUUUCAAAUAAAGUUUAAAAAAAAUAUAUAAAUGCCUUUUCUUUUUUUUUUGUCCUUUUGGUUUCUGGCAUUAAGCCACGGUGGGGAUGCAAUGGUUUUACAUGGGCAGUAAAGGUUAUCUAGAAAUAGGAGUCAUUGUGCUAAUCAAGUUCUUCUCAUUAAGUAUUAAAAGGCUUAUCCACUUUUCCCACAUAUCUUCAUGAUAUUGUUUGCACGUUUUACCUUUGGCAAAGACUUGUUCCACAAGUUUAAAUAUUGUUUUUAUGUACAAAUCAAUUCAUGUCUUUUCAUGUCGGACUUUCUGCCCAAUUAAAUAAUUAGGAAUAAGUGGA